AUGUAAUUUUGGCAACAACAGGAUCAUCAUUUCUGAUUUACAAGCACAGCUUGCAAAAGUCCAAAUAGAGGAACCCACCGAAGAGAAUCUAUUCAGAGAAGCUGAACUUGCUGCAAAGAUAGAUGUUAUAUGGCGAAGGGAGGACAAAUUUUGGCUACAACAAUCAAAAGUUAAUUGGCUCAAAGCGGGUGAUCAGAACACCCUUGUUUUCCAUUUAACAACAAUCCAAAGGAGGAGCGAAACCAGAUUUUUUAAGACUCAAGGCUGAAGAUGGGAGAAGGGUAGAAGAUGACGAAUAACUGAACGCCCCUAUGAAUGAAUAUUUUCAAGCUCUCUUCCAAACGGCAGGGACUAGAAAAAUGGAGGCAGUGCUAGAAGUAAUAUCCCCCAUGAUCACAAAGGAAAUGAACAGGAAUCUGCUGCAACCAGUCACACAAGAGGAGGCCUACAAAGCUCCAAUGCAAGAUAUACAGGAAAGCAACCAUCUUAUGGAUAUUCUGAGACGUUUCAGCAUGGCAUCUGGCCAGUUGAUCAAUCUGAAGAAAUCUGGAAUUAUCUUCUCAGGCAACACGCAGGAAGACAAGAGGACGGAAAUCUGCCAGAACCUACAGAUGAGCCCCUUACCUCUCAACUGGGAUUCGCAGCUUUUUGUGGCAGAUCAAAUGCACAAACACUCAACUACAUUAUGGAGCGAAUCAUGAACCAAAAACAAGGAUGGAAGCAUUUGUUCCUCUCCCAAGCAGGAAACGAAACCCUCAUAAAAUCAGUGGUGCAAACAAUACCAAUCGUAUGACAUGUGGUGCAUAGCAUUUUAAAAAAUGUGUUAAGUUAGUUUUAGGAAAUAGUUACUGUGAUAAUCAAAAGUUAUUAAUUU